AUGCAACGUGAGUGAGCGCGAGGUAUUCGCUGCACUAAUUGCCAACGAUCCCAGCGACCAGUUAUGCGUGGCCUACCAUCUCAUAAUUGACAACAAGUAAGCUGUUCGUAAUUGACAUCUCGGCUUUCUUCUACCCACUCCUCCCUUUUCGGCAUGAUUAUCGUACCUGUCGUCUGACUUGACUUGAGCUCGUCUGCCUGCUGAUAAUUUAUAGAUUGUCAUGCACACACCUAGCCUUUUGGUCAGAAAAAAAAGAUUGUGGGGUAUUGCCUCGUGCACCUCCCCGCAUUACAGUAUGCUAUGGAAUGUACCAUCCACCGAGUCUAACUAAUUGCGCUGGUUUGUCUGCAAUGAUCUGCGAGGUCCAUCAUCAUCCGGACGAGUGGCGGUGACUUAUGAGCGAUGUGGAUUAUUGCGAUGAAGAAUUGCUCAGUACCGGACACAGUCACUCAACACACCCCAUCAUGUUCCAGUGGUGAGACAGUCAGGAUGUCCGGAGCUGGAUGUGUGUUCAUUGGCAGAGGAAGCGGAGCCAAAGUCCACGUGUGCAACACGUGAUGACACUACAACAUUCACAAGUCAGACUUCGUCUACCCGGGUAUCACGCCAGUGAGAAUUGCCAUAAAUCUACGUUAACGAGUUCUUUCGGCCUGACUUUCAAUCUCCAAUACUGAAUUAUUUAAUCACUUGGGGAUUCUCCGAGCCAUGACUUUUAGCUUAUCUUAAUAGUUUAAGUGCGCGUCGUAUUUCUCGUAACCAGGAAAGUUUGUUUAUGAUUUGUCUCGCUUUCUGUUCCAGAAGUGCUACUGGGCCAGACCUUCUGGAAAUAAGACCGGAUCUGAUAGAUUUCAUGUGCCAUAAACAUGUCCGACCCCCAUUCGGAUCUGAUGGGACAACGUCUUUGGUUUUGGUUGCUCGCUGAGUUUAUACGUUCCCGCAUGGCCGUUUAGGCACAAACAUUGCAUAAUUUAUAGCUCUUUGAGCUUUACACAACCCCAAUAUCGCCGAGCAACGACUUACUGCCCACGUGCCUGUGUAGGCGCCUUCCCUGCGUUGCUGAUUCCACGUGGAUCUUGCUGCCCGUUCUCUCAGAGCCACAAGAUUUGGGUAAACAUUAGUGAAGAAGAAUUAUUGAUAUCGAAGGUAAAGUGGGACUGAAUCGUGAUUCAGAAUGUGGGGGAUGGCGUGCCAGGCCAAAUCCUAGGGACAUACAGUGAGUGGGCUAACUCAUGAAAUGUCAACCGUUUCGACAAGAUUUAUUGAGCAGGGUUGUAAAACUAAUCAUCAUGCGGCAUAAUUAUAUAAAAACUCAGUUACCUCAGGAUGCCGGCUUUCCAACGAACUUCAUUCCGGCUGCAUGCAAAAAUUAUGCUCUGUAAACAAUUACCACUUAAGUAGCAUGUACUUUUAUCAUUAAUUUUCGAUGCCCUUGCUAAUAUAACUAUAUUUCAUGGAAAACAUGCAUACAAAUAUUCAUUCUUUUGCUCUUUCGGUAUAAAAUUACGUCUUUUCCAACUUUAUACUCAGAGGAAGGGUAUAAUUCGGUUCUAAAAAAGUUUCUCAUUGUGAGAUUUUUUAAUACCGUGAAAUGGCCGUUCAUAAAACGUCAUGUCUCUGCAUUUACCAAUGUAGUUGUAAAGUUAACAAUAUGGCUCGAAUCUACUGCUAGAUUUUUUGAAGCCCAUAUAGUCUCCUCUUAAUGCCGUAGAGAAAUGUAUAGUUCUCCGUACGCGGAAUAUAUACGGUUUAUAGUUUGUAAACCCUGAAUCAAGUGUAACGGCAGGUCGGGGUUCCGAAUUAUUCGGGAAUUAGAAAAGUUUUUGAAAACCGAAUUAUACCCUUCCUUCGAGCAUAAAUUAGAAGAAGACGUAAUUUUCUACCGAAAGAGCAAAAGAAUGAAUAUUUUUAUGAAUGUUUUCCAUAAAAUUUAAGUGAAUUUUUAAGGGCAUCGAAGACCAAUGUGAAAAAUGCAUGCCACAUAAGUGGUAAUUGUUCACAGAGCAUAGUUUUUGCAUGCAGCCGGAAAGAAGUUCGUUCGAAAGCCGGCAUCCUGAGGUAACUGAAUUAUUAUAGAAUUAUGCCGCACGAUGAUUAGUUUUUCAGCCCUAUUUACUUAUUUUUUUCGAAACGAAAACGCAUUUCGGAAUUUCAGUUGACAUUUCAUGAGUUAGCCUACCUACGAUGCACUCUGAGGCAGUGCUGGCGAAGGCACAGAGGCGUCCUCCGAUACGUUGUCGCAUUAUUUCUGGUUGUUUGCUGAUGAGGGCAUAGAAAGUGGCAUGAACGCCUUUAACUCGAUUGAUCAUGUCCAACCAUGCCUUCAUCUCAUUUCGGGCAGGCGAAAGAUUUGAACCCGAAUUAUUCGCUCCGAUGUGGAUUAGUGGCCCACUGUGCCAUGGCCACUGAUGUACACGCCUCCGCCCCCUCGGUUGUAAUUGGACAUAUCCACAUUGAUAGUAGUACGCACCGGUUUUGCGUUGCUCUGGGCGGUGCAUACUCAAAUCUUGGUGAACGCUGCGCGAACAGUCAACAUUCUGCCCCUGUUAUUGGACAAGAAAGGCGCGUCUAACGCGCGUACCGGUGCGCUGUUUAUUUUCAAUUCCUGCACUUCAGAUGUGGUCAUUUGUCUCCCUUGCAAAUCUUAUCUUUCCUCCUGACGAGUAUAUUAAUUUUUGUGCUUGGACGCUGUUAUCUAGCUCUUUCUUCCAGUUCACACAGAUGUUAUGGUUGCGUGUUUUCGGCUCAGCCAUUUUCUCAAUAACAGUUAAUCUUAUACUAAGUAGCGGUUGCUCCAUGGGAUUUGAAGUAUCGCCGAUGCCAUCGAGCGCUCGUAAAAUGGCACCUCCUAAAUGAAUGCGUAGGAUCGCAGUGGCCGCUAUCUAAAUUAUAAUUUGCAUCCGAACGACUGAACUGCCUAGGAAAAGCUCCGCCUUUGAUUCAGUUUGCGACGAAAACACUAGGCCAACUGCCAUUCCCCCGUUAUAAUUCCAGUAUUCGCAGGAGGGCGAUCGCAAGCGAUUGGCUGGUCAUGUCUGAAGAAUGCUGAAAUAACCGCUAAUCAUAGGAAUAUCUGCGAGGUAUUAGACCACGUAUUUGAGUUUAGUUCUGGCUUUGGCAGGGCAAUAUGUAUACGGGCCUGUCGGGCUGCAGGACUUUAGGGCCGAAGUUACCGUCAAGUUUGUGGCUCUAGACUCGAUUUCACAACGCACAGAGGACUUCUGCCCAACUACGUAUGGCUUUUUUGUCACUUUCGCGGAGACGCAGCAUGAUGCAUCCGGCCGGUGUGCGUGGUUUCUUCCGUGCUGGUACUGGCCGUGGCCGCACCAACAAUCGGAGGUUAACAAAACAGUCAAUCGUCUCGGCUUUUUCGCUGUCUGGACUCCCUGGUAUUACACGUCGCUGUGCCCUAAAUCCCAGGGGAUGAGAGCUGGAGUUAGGACAGGGAGGAUUAGGCUGGCUGUUGGGGUUAGGGAUAAUAGUAGGACGCAGGAAUAGUGACCUCCCGGGAAUUUGGCGUGAAACCACCAUUAGUAUUGGGAGUCAAUACUUCUGCCUCCGACUGAGAGAAGGAGGAGGACGCUUUCUGUAUAGCCAACAUUUAACACCUUAGUUUUUACAGCAUUAGCCUUCAGGGUGAAUCAUGGAAAGAGGGAUGCGGGUAAAGGGAUGUUGCGCUUCUCCGAAGAACUUUUCGAGCAAGCUAAUUUAAUAUCGACUUAGCUCAGAUCCGAGACGGAGUGGUUCUGCCCUACCAGAUCGCACUCGACGCAAAGGAUUGCUGUACAGACAGGACCACUUAUUGGCAUAGUAAAAGAGGAAUGGUUAUGUAACAAAGCCUUGCCGGGUACUAGCGGUGACGACCAAGUGCUCGCUCAUCUCAGUCUACCAGUUCGCCGCCUCACAGUGGGAGAAGAGGUAGACGUUGUCGGGUUGAUGGCGCAUUGCGUCCGAAGGUGUCCAACGAGACCGAUUCGUGCGCUGACUGCGCGUUGACAUCGCGGGCAUGUUAGGAGCGACGGAUGGCUGAAAUUAAGGGGACGAGGCAGUUGUGAUUUGUGAGCCUCCGCUUUGGCUUUGACGGCGGCGGCGAUCCGAUUUGCUUCGCGGUUGACAGCACCGGUCUUAACUUCUCAUCUCUAGACUGGGAUGUUCUGAGCAAAGUCCUCCUAGGCCUCUGGAUUGAUAUGCAAUCGUUAAAAGAAUUCCUGAAUGUGUCCUUGUAGGCUCGUUUUGGUCUUCUGCUGCAUGUCUUCUUCGGUCGUGCAGUUAAGUGCGCAGUCGUCAGCGAAGAACAUAUCGUGGAUAGCAGUUGUGAAGGGGCGCGUCGGGGUAUGCAUUCGUGGGCUGUUGAGAAGGUGCCCGCCAAUCCUGUAGUCGAUGCGGACCCCGGGGCGCUCAUCACGAUAGGCGUUUAUCAGCAUGGCAGAGAACAUGAGGCUGAAGAGGGUGGGCGUGAGGACGUAGCCCUACUUCACUCCAUUGGCCACUGCGAAUGCCUCGGAGAUUGCGCCGUUGUCCAUGACACACGCCAUCAUUCCAUUGUGGAUCUGACGUACUAUGUGCGUGAGUCGCUCGGGACAGCCGCACUUCUGCAUAAUUCUCCACAGUCCUUUGCGAUUCGCCGUGCCCAAGGCUUUCGUAAGAUCGACGAAGGUGGUGUAGAGGUGAGUCUGCAUCUCCUGGCACUUCUCUUGUAGCCGGCAAACGGGAAAGAUUAUAUCAGUGGUUGCACGGUGUGACCGGAAUCCACAUUGGCUUUCGGCAGAGGUCCGUGCUCUAGGUGGCAGUUGAGACGAUUGAGGAGAACGCGGGUGAACAUCUUCUCAGCGAUGUUGCGUGACGAGACACCCCUGUGAUUUCCACAGAGUUGCCGGUUCCCUUUGCGCUUGUACAAAAGGACGGUAAUUGCGUCCUUGAAAUCCUGAGGAACCCGUUCUCAGCGUCACAUCUGAUAAAGCGCCGUCAGAUGGUCCAUCCGUUUGUGGCCACCGUGCUUGCAGAUCUCAGCUGGGGUCACAUCGGAGUCGGGUGCUUUCCCGCAGGAGAGUUGUUGCACGGCGGAGAUGGUUUCUGGGAAAGAGGGCGCGAGAUCCAGGUCGGUGUUGGUUUCCACUUAAGGGGGCCGGUUGAUGGCGGCGUCUGAGAUUGUGGAGGGGCGGUUGAGGACGGUUCUGAAUUGCUCGGCCCAACGCUUCGGAAUCUGCGACUUCUCCGUCGAAAUCGUUGAUUCAUCGGAGCUGAGGAGAGACCCGGUUUCUUUCGUUGGGAGGCCAUAGAUCGCCUUGAUCGCGGUCGGCAUAUCUCUGGCUCUCCUCGGUAUUGCGAUCCAUCCAGGCGUCCUGCAUUUCUCUCAACUGUUGCUGCGCAAGCCGGCGACAUUGAUACAAGGCCGCUUUGUUCGCUUCGGUCGGACAGUCGAGAUAGGCUCUGUGCAGCCUGUUGUUCUCGACCAGUAGGUUACUGAUGUCUGCGUCUGUACCGUCGAACCAGUCCUGAUGCUGGCAACGCGCGCGACCGAGGACAGCCAGGGCGAUCGAUGGAACAGCGUCCCACGUUUGGCACCAUCGGGUCUCCACGGAGGCGUUUUAAUCUGCUGCUGGCAGGUCUUCCAGCCGCUGGGUCAGUUGAUUGCUAAAAUAUAAACGGUGAGCAGGCAGACAAAACAGCAAUUUUCAGCUUGCCUGGGGGUCGCUACGUUAUGGCCUUCUGCAGGGUUGCAGACGAAGCUUCUUCUUGGAUAUGACGAGGCGAUGGUCCGCCCAGUCGUCAGCGUUGCAGCUCGCGUUGGUCACCAUCAUUUCCUGCCGAUCUCGCCGCCGGACGAGAACAUGAUCCAGCAGCCGCCAGCGCCGCGAUCGAGGGUGCAUCCAGGUGGACUGCUUACACAUCGGCAGGCGGAGGAAGGUGUUGGUCAGCAGGAGGCGGUGUUCAGCGCAGGUUCGCAGCAAGAGUAGGAGGCCAUUGUCGUUGCAUCCGGCGAUUCCGCAAGGAACCGGCACUCCUCUUCAGGCAGCAUAGCCCGUGCCGAUGGGGGCGUGGAAGUCACCAAGUAAAAUCAACUUAUCCGCCUCCGGCACAGACGCCUGGAUUGCGUAAGGCAUUCGUAGAACCUGGACACCGUCCCGUCUGAACCGGUCAUUGUUGGGACGUAGGCGCUGAUGAUGGCCGCAAAGUUGGAUCCCCGAAGAGGCAGACACAGCUCAUCAAUCGGUCGUUGACGUCCUGCCGCUUCCAGGACAGUCAUCCCACGAUGUUUUUUCCGUAUUGCAAAGGCAACGUCCCCGUCUUGGCGCUCUGCCCUGUGGCAGCCAUUCCAAAUAAAGGUAAAGCCGGCACUCACCUCCGUAAGUUGGUCUUGUUCGAAGAAACGGGUCUCGCUGAGAGUAGCAUUGUGAACGUCGUAGCGAGCCAGUUCCCGAGCCACUAGCGUCAUCCAGGUUGCAUCUGGGUUUAUUUUGUGGCGUCUUGCGGGGUUGCUGAUGAGUCCUCGUCUUGGAGAUGGCAAUGCGGGGAUCCGUACGUUCAGCGGCGGUGAGAGAGGGACAGAAUUACUGUGUGUGGAGAUGCACACGCGGACGACCUCACCGGAUUUAGGCCGUCGGUCGAGGCGGUUACCGGGGUGUGACCGCUGGACAGAGUCUGCCUUCGGGGAGCUACAUACAUGGGAUUUGGGUGCCAGUUAUUGGACGGUAGGCGUAGUCAACACCUGCAAGCAAGCGAGAGACCGACUGCGACCUUCACGUGGACCAACAAGUGGACACCCCUACACCUCAAGCGAACAGAGGUACACCUUUGUUGACGAAUAAGGAUAUUGAAUGUGUUAAUAAUGCAUGAUAACGCCCAUGUAACUUUCUUCCAUAUCGUUUGAAAUGAGAUUGUCUCGGAAGCACCAGCCUGUAGAGUGGAGUGCUAGCAGCAGGACAUAAACGCAUGUGAUGUAGGUCAGGACAGUCUUUCGUCAUCAAUCAUUUUCACGGCCGAUCUUGCAAAGUUUUGUUUCAUGCUACUCAUUUAUACUCGUAGGUCGCUGUCUGUAGUCCAGACCUGAAUUACUGUCUCAGCUCCGCCGGCAUAUUGUGUUGUUUCAAUGCAUACAAACUGUGGACCAAAAGAGGGUGGUCGAACGUCCUAAGUCUUCUACAUCAAGUCUCUGAUGGGUAGGGUGAGGAUAGGUACGACCUACCUGUACAAAGGGAAGUAUCCCUGCCCUUAUAUUGCUGGCUUUAGAGCUUUAGUUGGACGAAAAUAACAAGAAUAUUUGUGCAUAUGUUUAUGGGAAUUUUUUAUAGGCAAAUGAGUUGUCGGUAAAGAUGAUGCAGUCAUGUCUCACUGCAUAGUCUUUGUUAAAAUUAGAUGGAUGACGCUUGUCGACAAACACCGUGCUACCUGAGUAACAGGAAGUAGCGUACGCUAGUUCUACUUUGCAAAUACAAAAAAGAUCGAAAUCUCCCUGUCGCCGAAGAAAAAAGGGGAAGCCUAGUGCUUGCAACCGAAGCAACUGCGGACAAUUUCUGUGCAUAGGAUUUUCCAGAAAUUGGACGUUUCUUUUUUCGUUAGUUCGCUGUUCACUCGAGCAUACCUCUGACCUAGAGUAGCACAAAGAUUUUUAAAACAGUUUACCGCGUCAGAUUGGCAUUUUUCUUUGCACCUGCGUUUUUGACACUUGCUGUAUGCCGUUAAUCUUUUGUGCAGUUCGACUUUAGAAGUUGGGUUUUCUUCAAUAACACUGGCUUGAAGAGCUCCUUGAGCCAGUUGUCCCUCUAGGCGCUCACACGUUUUCUCUAAGGAGUGGUCCAUUUUGACACUUGCUUUUGCAGGCGCUUUGGAUCUGUCCUCCAGCCCGAGGAGGUGGACAACUUCUACGUGGCCACUGGGACCGAUGUUUACUCAGGUACGGGUGCCGCUGCGGGCAGUGGUGGGGGCGGUGGCGGCGCCGGCGGCGGCGGCGUCAUUGGCGGUGCUGGCGGAAGUGUCCCACUUGGUGGGAUUUCUGGAUCCAACAGUCUAUCUCUACAACAGGCCUCUGCCAGCGGUCUCUCGCCUAGCCGACCGCAUCCCGAGAGAAUGCCUGAAGGUCCACCUUUGACACGGACCCUGGACCCAGUAAGCAUCCUUCACCGGUAUUUGAAAGUAUCCCGUUUUGCUUUUCCCGUCUUCAUUUGCUCAGUUGCUUUCUCUUCUAGCGUCGUUUGCGGUGUGGAAAGUCCUGUGGCAUCUGCCUGUCGCAUUGGCGUAACUGGAUUUUGUAUAGUGAUUACCAUGCGCUAAAAUAAACAUGCAAUUGUUGUGGUGAAUGUAGUUUGGGAGAUACAGUUUGCGUAUGCAGUACUUUUGUUUGUUCUAUAGCUUUGGUGACCAUCUCUUUAAAAUAACUAUCACUCAGGUCUGCUUGGAAGGACGACGUCCAAACGAAUUCGAAGUGCUCAGGCGUAUACUUUUGCAAUAACUUGUACUUAAAGUGUCUUUUUACUAUGGCCUUGUUCCUUCAAGGCAUUGGUACAGGGUGUUACGGGUUUUGGCUGUCGCUCUUUCUGUCACACUGCGUUUCACGAGUUGUCAUAUGUAGACACGGUCAUACAGGGAAAUUAUUCAGGCUCAUUUUCGACUUCCCCUGAUUCUUAAUGUAACCAGCAAAGUGCAGGACGAUCAGGACUGUUGCCUCGGCUAGGUACGCAACUUCGUCCAAAUUGUGAAGUCUUAUAUCAGGAUUUUAAAAGCCCCAUGAUGCCCGGCUACGCCUGCCUAAUUUGAGAAUGAGGUUCUCUUCUUGGCAUAUACAGGGUACUACCUAAACUUGAUGAUUGAAUCUCUACGUUUGCGGCUUGAUCGCUGCAAUGUGCCGACGAAGUUAUGGCCACUUACUUGUACUUGCUCGUACUUGGUACUGCUUUGAUCAUGCCUGAUCUAGCCGGCCUCGAUGAUGUCCCGAGCUCUACCUCUCCACGCGUGACGAAUCGCGACAGCAGAUCUGGACAGUUUAGUCCAAUCUUUUCGCCAACGAUGGAGACCGAAUACCGAAGAUCCAGGAAGCACUUCCAUGUCAUGGCGAACGGUGUCAAGCCACGUUAUAGCUACCAGAAUGCAGAAGUGGAAUCGUAUGAUCAUUUCGACCAAAAUUCCCCAGUUCACACUGCGGACGCGAGGGCUGUCAUGCUGACACUUGUCUUUCAUCUGCCUAAACCUUGCCAUCCCACUCUUCCCACUGUCUCACUAGGUGGGCUCUCCUACAACAAGCUCCGGACCAGUUGGCAUUGCUGGUGCCGGCGGUCAGCAGCAACAAGGCCAAAAACAACAGCUCUCUCCCACCGUCACCAAUUCGGCGGCAUCAGCGUUGGCGGCUAACGCAGUGGUCGCCGCAGGCACGAAACGCUUCAAGUGGCAUUUGGGCAUCCGAUCGCAGUCACGGCCUUGGGACAUUAUGCAGGAAGUCUUCCGGGCCAUGAGCACCCUGGGUUAUGAGUGGAAAGUUAUUACACCCUUCAACAUCCGUGUGCGCAAGUGGAACCCCGUGCUGAAGCAUCACUUUAAGAUUAUGCUUCAGCUCUACCAGGUGGGUGACACAUGAGUGGGCCGGUAAACUAGUCCUGCCAAGUUAUUUUCUGCUCGAAGGCCCUUUACGUCUAGGGGAAUUGCCAAUUCCUGGCUUAUUUGCCUCCGGAGCUGUAAGGCAAAGCGGAAUCGUCUUCAUUCCGCCCUACAAGUAGGCCAGAUAAACUAACACCAGUCCCUCUUUGAAUUUUUUUGCUGUUUUUGGAUUGUAUUGCUGCUUGAAUUGUGCACAGUACAGGUUCGCCUAAUGCUGUCUGUUCGUUUCAUUGUUUUCCCAUUCACCGCAAUAGGUCCCUCGUGUCGUCUGCCAACGGCUUUGUAGAAACCACGAAUAA